AAAUUAAACUAAAUUAAUUUUAAUUGAACACAGUGGAAAAUACUUAAUGAUUAAACAUUUAAAUAUUACUGCUUCCAAAUAAAUUGUUGGAAAAAUCAUGGGGUCUCGUCAAAUAACGGAGAAAUCCCUGUCUAUGAUAAGAUCACUACCCCGAAUAUCACUUGGAAAUAUACGUGAUAAUCCAGGCUCAAAAGUUACACAAAAAAGAGGCCGUGGGCAGCAUGGUGGCGAUAAACAUGGCGCAGGAAACAAGGGAUCAGGGCAGAGACAAAACUACAUGCGGCUGGGCUAUGAAACUGGCAACAACCCUUUUUAUCUAAGAGUCCCCCAGGAACAUUACUACAGAGGACACCACUUCAGACGACAAUACCCUCCACUCUCUCUGCAGAAGUUACAAAGCUUAAUAGAUAGAGAUCGUGUGGAUAUAUCAAAACCUAUUGAUAUAGCAACUGUCAUAAAAUCAGGCUUGUACACUAUUCACCCAGAUCAAAAGCAUUUUGGUAUAAAUUUGACUGAUGAUGGAGCUGACAUAUUUUCUGCCAAAAUAAACAUAGAGGUGCAAUGGGCUAGUGAGCAAGUGAUUGCAGCCAUUGAGAAAAAUGGCGGAGUCAUUACUACCGCAUAUUAUGACCCACACAGUCUUAUGCUUCUUAAGAAUCCUAAAAACUUCUUUGAAACAGGUCAGGCCAUCCCUCGGCGUAUGAUUCCUCCACCUGACGCUAUUGAGUAUUAUACAAGUGCAGAGUCUAGGGGAUAUUUGUCUGAUCCAGAAAAGAUUUCACAAGAAAGAUUGAAACUAGCUCAAAAGUAUGGAUAUCAAUUACCUCAAUUGGAAAAGGACCCUAAAUAUACCAUGUUAAGCGUCAGGAAAGAUCCCAGACAAAUUUUCUAUGGUCUGGAACCUGGAUGGGUAAUCAAUUUGAAGGACAAGUGUAUUCUUAAGCCCAAGGUUGAAGAGUUACUUAAAUUUUAUGCUUCUUAAUGUAAUUUAUGUUGAGAAAUAGUAU